AUGGCGUCUGUGGGCAGUGGUCAAUCUGGGACCUCGGUCACUAAGAUUACCAAAGCGAGAGGGAAAAUGGUAAAGCCGAUAUUGAAGAGGCUGUCGCAUUCGGAGAAAAACUCGUUGGAUUUGGAUCGGGGUUGGGAUGAGCAGCAGAUUGAGCAGUUGACGGCGGGUGGGAUGGGGGGUUGGGUUAUUCGGGGCAGGCGAGAGAUGUCAGUUUUGGCUUUCCUAGUGCUGCCGGUCUCGGGGCAGGUGAUGCGGUGGCGGCGAUGGGUGGGGGAAGUGCCAUCCGAGCAAACCUCAAGUUUCAACACGGUCGUUCCGGUUCUCAAACUUCGGCUGGAAGCGGAUCUCGCGCAGCGUGACUGCGCACCUGCUACCGGGUUGGGAGCCUCGCCGGCUUGCUUUCAACGGCCUUCAUUGAACGGCCACCGCGCCUCGUCGUUCCCAGACACACCUGCCUCGAAACCGCCAUCUCUUCGCAUUAACACCAGUGGUCGAUCGGUCUCUGGAACCACCGCAACUUCUUCACGUCUUGCCCACGGAAACAUUCCCUCUCCAAGCCAUUCCGAACUCAAUCUCGAUUCCUACAACUUGAGUAUCAGUUUGAGUGGCACUCUCGAUUCACCUACAGGAAGCUUAGGCGCUGGCAGCGUCAUCGCUUCGCCUCAACAACAACAGUCUCAAUUAUCACCUCUUCGUGCAUCGCUCGACAUGGGCGUGUUCCCCAAUCUCCGUCGCUCCGAGUUGGACACGGCCACGCGGGACGAGAACAUUCGUGUCGCGCGCCGUAAGUUCGAGGAGCGCGAACGCGAGAAGGAGGAAAAGUACGACCGCGAAAUGAUCCGCAAGCGCGAGCGGCAAGACAACAAGGAAGCCAGCCGCAUCGAGAAAGGCGAGGCACCGAGCCGGCCCUUGAUGCAUCGCAAGAAGACGGCUACGGGGCUGUCGACCGUCUCCGAGCCAGGCCCGAAAUCCGCCAGGCCGGAUCUAUCAACCUCACUGUUCGGUUUCUCGGCUCCAGCCCGCACCAGCGGCGUCGUGCUUGGGGUUGGGAAACGGCGACACACCGACUCGCCCACGAUGACCAAGGGAGAGAAACAGGUGGGUUUUGCCUCUCGGCGGUACGAGAGCGUCUCGCUCUUGCCCCAGACGCCGCCUUCGUUUGGCGUGACGGUCGACGAUAUGCCAUUCGAACGGCCACAACCACGGCGGGGAAGCGGUGCAAAGUCCGCGAAACAGAAGACCCAAGGAUAUUGGCAGGGGUUCCUCCUCUGGCUGAGGACGAAACUACUCCGUAUGAACUCGCGGUAG